UGAAACGACUUGCAUCCAUUCUCGUCGAUGUUUGUGUAAGGUGAUUUACCUACCUCAUAUUUUACUUAUCAAGAUAAUGUGAAUAAUAAGGUUUUGUGAAGAAUCGGUUUUUAACAUGCAUUAUUUAAAUGUAUUGUCAUAUUUGGCUUCAAUGACAUUAUUUUUUUCGUCCUUAUAUUAAAGCAAUUCCACUUCACAAAAGGUCUGCGGAUAGUAUCAAAUAAAGUCGAACCAAGUCUAAGUUCGGAAAUAUCAAAUGGUCUCAGAAAGAUGUAUCUUAUCUCUUACGGACUGAAGCCGGAACUUAUUGAUAGUGUUCUUGAAAAUGAAGAAAUUAAGGCUCUGGUAGAUCAAUCCGAACAGGCUCUGAAGAUUAAUUUAAAUGAAUCUAUCAGCCUCAAUAACUUGUAUAAUAUCAUUUACGGUUCAAAAACCGAAAUCGAGAUUAUGAAAAAGUUAAAUGCUGAGUUGGACCGAGCACAUUUGAGGAAACCAGAUGACAACGAUACAAUAUCAUCUUCAUCGUCGACGUCAUCUUCGUCUUCUGAUGAUAAUACGUCGUCCUCGUCAUCAGCAGAAACAAUGAAAAUUAAAAGAGGAAGAAGUUCAGAUGAGCCUUUUUAUGACGACUCUGAUGAGUUUGAUGAAGAUAGUGACGACAGUGAUGAUGAUGAUGAAGAAGACGACCACAACCGCGGCGACGACGAUCACAGAAAAUAUUCUGUUAGUAUCAACCAGAUUCUCGAUACUAAUACAAACAAUGGCCGUUUAACCCCAAAUAUACUGAGAUUCGGCAGUUCUUGCACCAAAGGAGCAUCAAAAGAUUGCAGUAAAGCGUGCAAAGAUGCCCUCAAAGACGUAUGUAAGGAAUACAAUUGCCGAAGCGGACUGAAGAGCAGAUUCAAAAGCGAAUGCAGUAGUAGUUGCAAAAAGAAGUUUUCAGAAAAUAAAUAA